AUGGCACACGCAGCUUCUCCCAUACUCCUUCGCGGCACUCGCAAGCCGCUGCGGCAAAUGAACAAUAUGAACCCCACGCGACGCCCUCGCCCCAGCCAAGCAUACAACCCAGAACGCAACAGAGCUGCCGCUGCAAAGCAUCGCCCUUCGAAGAUCAAUCUCUCCUACGUCAAUCCCAGAAGCUCUCGUCUUUGGUCCGAGUACAGCAACAGGCGGAAAAGACAAUUCAAUGCACAACGAUCCAAGCGCAACCGCCUAUGUCCGCUGUCUCUACAGCAAUUGACGGCGCCCUACAUUCGACGUAAUGCGGUGCGAGAUGCUUUCUCGGACGGUCACAUUGCCCUGACGGCGGAAGAGCAGCAAUUCCUCCAGCACCGCGGGUAUACUCUUGAAGAUGUCGCUUCGUGGGCACGUAUCAUCUCUGAGAAGGAUGCUUUGGCCGCAGCCAACAUUCUAUCUGCGCAGUUGGAAUCUUGUGGUCCCAAAACAGUCCCUGUCUGGGUGCUUCUGUACACACUUCGAAAAGAGAUGAAGGACAUGCCCGAUGACUUCACCUCAGUCGUCUUCAUCGCCGUCAUGCGUCUACUUCGACACGCUCGAGACGUCUGGCCUCAAUCCAUGAGCACGAUUACCAACAUCGUGCUCCAACACCUCCAGUCACGCCAGCUUAAAGAGGGAGCUUUUCCGAAAUCAGAGUUGGCCAAGAUCACACAUCUUUUGAACAAAUUGAUCAAUUUGAUAUCGCUCUCCACGGCCGAACACCCGUUCAAAGAUGUCGCCUACCAAGAGUCAGCUGUCAUGUUGGUCUUGCAGUACAUGGCUGAUUGCCGGCCAUCUUUGUAUAUCAACAGGCAGGGGUAUCGUGGCGUGAUCCGCAUUCAGCUACGCCAGCGGAAGACCACCCAAGAACGCCAGUGGGCCGAGCUCAAGUCGCUAUCGUGGCCACCUUGGAAGGUUGACCGUACAGCCAUGGACAGCGAACUCGGUCCUGAACAUGGCAUAUCCCGCGCUGGUGCAACUCUUGCACGUAUGCGCGAAGCUGGAUAUCGGCCUUUCUAUUGGGAGAAGCUCGCUGAAGUCUUCACUGGCUGGGACAUUGACCAAACGCCAACCAUUCAAAUGCGCUCCCUGUUGUCUUCUCCAGGCAUGAUGCUUUCCAGCAAGAUCAGAAUGACCCACGAGCCGUGGGCUGCCCGAAUCCUGAGUACGAGAACGAUUCAAGAAGCUUGGGCCUGCUACCUCGCUUGGGAAGAUGAGAAACUGCCACCAGAUCAAGAUGUCUACCUAGCGACCUUCUCCAAGCUGCACGAAGAGCAGCGACGACAAAGGAUGAGCACAGUUAUCGGGAGAGACGAGUCUGCCAAGACGAUGCGCCGCUGGCCUCUGCUCCCGGGCGACACGCGCGAGAUUCGGCCUCUUCCACCUUCGACGCACCUUGAAACAUAUACAAGAACAGCUCCGCCAACAGUCACAGAGUUCUAUCGCACGCUACAGAACGCUGGCAUUGACCUGCAAGAUCGAUGCUUGGCUUUUGUCGUCGAGCAUGCCACCACGCUCGACGAGGGAUUGGAGCGUCUUCGGCGUGCGCGCUCGAAGUAUCCAGAGCUUGAUUCUGUCAUCUCGCUUUCUCGCUCGGAAGACGUUCUCAAGGUCCCGUCUUCUAUUUACGCAGCGACAGUGAAACUUUGGACGCGGUUUCCACGGUCUUCAUUAUCCAAGUUGCAGUCACACGAACAAUCAGCAGAUACGACUGAUACUGAACUUGCUGUGCUUCCUGACUAUCGUUUCAACCACGACAAUCCCGUCGUGAACGCUCUCAAGCUCUUACACAUUAGGCCUCCUACAGACCCCUGGCUUUGGGGUGAGAUCCUCCAACAGUUCACAGCAUCCAAUGCACACACACUUGUAGGCUUGAGCAGCGCGAUCGAGCCCGCCUCGGCUUCCACAGACCGACUUCAAAGAUCUCAAGCUCUUCCCGAACACCUGGACCGCUACAAGGGAGCGAUGAAUGCUCUGCGGCUAGUGCAGCACAUCGCUCACCUUCAAGAAGAGCAAAAUAUCGAUGUCACCACAAAAGGCUUCUGGGCCCUCUGUCGCUGCGUUCAAAACGCGGUCACAGCAUCGUGGAAGGUGUUGCAGCGUGCGGCCCGUUUGGAAUCACCGCUCGACGAAAAGUUCGGAUUCAAACUACUUUUGCGCGAAGCGGAGACCCUCGCGCGGGAGAGCAGAGCAUACCGUGAAUGGCUCAGAUGUCAAUUCACAUCUUGGACGGGAGAAGAGAAGGGUUUAAAGAUGCAGACGCCUAACGUCGAGGACGCGGAGGAGGAAUCUGCCCAUCACACAGACUCGCCAGAGGAGCUACCGAAGCUGCUCGCCGUUCCUGAUCCAGCGUCUCUGCACGCCUACAUCCGUGCUCUUGGCUGGCUUGGCGACUACAAGGGAUUGCACGCCACCGUGCGCUGGAUGAGGGAGUAUCGGUCGGAGCUUCUGGAGCGAUCAGAACGAGAUCGGCGCGGAGAAGAGAUGGCGCGGAGAGCAGUUGUAGCAUUGAGAGUGUUUCUGGAGCGAAGCUGGAUCCGUGAUGCCACGCUAGAACCAGACCCCAACGACGCCGCCCAGUUUGAAUACGCUGAGCAUUCAACUGAGGCGGCUUCACUUCUUGCGCGGGCGAGAAGCCCGGCGGAGGCAGAAGACAUUGCAGCUGUUCGGGAAAUUGUCGAGGACGUUGAAGAGUGGGGAGGGUGGCCGAGCGAUGAAGAAGUGCAGACGUACAUUGAUGACAAAGUGUUUUGGGAGACGGGUGAGUGGACUUGGACGAAGUGGGAGCGCCCUGUACCUCGAAACGAUGAUAGCGAGUCCCCUCCUACAGUGCGGCAUGCGCCAGGGCUACCGGCAAAGCACAAGUCCGUACGUCACAGCUAA